UUUUAAAUUUCUUGUUAUCGUCUUCUUCCAUUAUUGUAUUUUGAUUCUUGCAACUUCAACUCAAGGGGAAGAAAGUUCCAUCGGCGAAAGGAUAGAAAAGUUUCCUCAUACUGAAGGUGGAGUAAAAGGCGGAGUAAAAGGUGGAGUAAAAGGUUAUGAAAAAGCUAGAAAUAGAAGUCGCUGUACUUCAACACCUGUUCCGCCAUUAAACGGAAACGUAAAUUGUUCAACAUACGGCUAUAUGUUUAGUGACUGUCGAGCAAAAUGCAUUCCAAAUUAUAAGUUUCCCAAUGGAAAAACGGAACUUUUAAUUACUUGCCAAGGCAAUGAAUGGGAAAUCGAAGGAACUGAAUGGAAAUCAAUACCUCGCUGCGAACCAAUAUGUCUCCCUGAAUGUCAAAAUAAUGGUAUUUGCAUCGGUCCAAAUCAAUGCAACUGUGCCGAUAAUUAUUCUGGACCUCAGUGUCAAUUUGAAAAUAAACCCUGUUUGAAUUUUCCUCCGACCGUAUAUAAUGCCAAAAAGCAAUGCAAUUCUAAGAGAUGCACAAUUGAAUGCUUAAAAAAUUACGUAUUUCCGGACGGUUCCUCCAUCACUAACCUUGUUUGUAAAAAUGGAAAUUGGGAACCCACAAGAGAUUGGGUUUCGGUACCAGAUUGUAUUCCUGUUUGUUCGCCUCCUUGUGAAAAUGGAGGGAUUUGUCUUUCAUUAAAUACGUGCCAGUGUCCACAAGAUUUUCGGGGUCCACAAUGCCAGUAUCUUUCUAGUGCCUGCAGCGCAGAUAAUAUGGGUUUUAAUGGUGGUUAUCACUGCAGCACAGAAGAAAAUGCAUAUUCAUGUAGCAUUCAAUGUCCUUCGGGCAUAGAUUUUGAAUUUCCUCCAGCAAUAAAGUACACCUGUACUUACGACAAGGGAAUUUUUGAACCGCAACCAAUUCCUCAAUGCAAACCGAAGAAUGGAGUUGAAAUAAUUCCACUAAAGAAAAUUGAACUAAACUAUAGUUCAGUCAAACAAAAUUGGUCCUUUGAUAGUAACUUCUCAUCAAAUAUUAAAAAGGAGUCAUAUCACAAUUACUCUAACAAGUGGCAGAAUGUAGAAUAUAAUGGUCAGAAAGCUCAAAAGGGAAUAAACUAUCCUCACGUUUACGACACUACAAAAAAUAAAGUAACAAUUAUAGAAAGUAAACGACCAGAACCAAAGACAUGUUUCACCUGGGGAGGAGUCCAUUACAAAACCUUUGACGAUGAGAUUUUUAGUUUUGAAAGCGACUGUGCUUACACCUUAUUACAGGACUCUCAAAACGGUCUUUUUACCAUAACAGUUCAGAAUAAUCCUGAAUGUAAAAUCUCUGGUUGCUUCAGAAUAAUUAAGAUAUUCGUUCAAGGAAAGGAAUACACACUUUCGCUGAACGACCACGGUAUUCCUGAAUUUCGUUCUGUAAAGAAAAUAUUACCAAUUCCAAUUCAGUUACCAAAUAUUCGAGUUGAUUGGUCCGCCCAUUUUGUGGUCGUUAAUUUGGAUACGAUGGGACUCAGCAUAAAAUGGGAUGGAGCUUUGAUGAUUCAAAUAGAAGCUUCAGAGUCAUUAUGGAACAAAACCGUAGGCCUUUGCGGAACAAUGAAUGGAGAUGUAAAUGAUGAUUUGAUGACGAAGGAAGGAACUAGACCAAAAAGUAUUGCCACUUUCGCCAGAAGCUGGAAAGUGCAAAAAAUUGGAGAAACUUGCGAUGAAUAUCCAAGCGUAGAACAUUCGUGUGUGUCGAAUAUUAAAUAUGAACAGGUUGCUGCAGAAUUUUGUACAAAAUUAUUAACUGAUCCUAAAUAUCGCGCUUGUUCCAAUUCUAUCGAUGUGUCAAAUUUACAUGUAACUUGUAGAUGGGAUUACUGCGCAUGUAAAGAUUCUGAUAAAAGAAAAUGUGCUUGUAAUACAAUGAGCGUUUAUAUGAGACACUGUGCUCAUAAGAGUACAAUUUUAUCUGGAUGGAGAGACAAUAGUACUUGUCCAUUGGCUUGUUCAGAUGGAAAAAUUUACAUGUCCUGUGGUCCAAAAACCCAUCCUUCUUGUGGAACCGAUUUGAGUUCCAAAACAGGAGACUUAGAUUGCGAGGAAGGUUGCUUUUGUCCCUCUGGAUCUGUUUUGCAUGAAGGAAAAUGUAUUUCAGCAGAAAAUUGUCCUUGUAGAUUGAAAGGGAAGCUUUUUAAACCAGGAACGAUCAUGUCAAAAAAUUGUAAUACCUGUACAUGUUCCUCUGGAAAAUGGGUGUGCACAGAAGCUAAAUGUAAAGCAAGAUGUUCAAUAGUUGGUGAUCCUCAUUAUACAACCUUUGAUGGAAAACGAUUUGAUUUUAUGGGAAAGUGUUCUUACUAUUUAAUAAAGGGCGAUAAUUAUAGUAUCGAAGGUGAAAACGAAGCUUGUUCUGGUGCCAUUUCCGAAAGCAUGGGAUUUUCCCCGUCGACUUCAGAGUUGCCUUCCUGUACCAAAACUGUAACUAUCAGAAUAGAAAAAAAUGCAAUUAAAUUAAAACAAAAUCAUCAAGUUUCAAUUGACGGGGAAGACGUGACUAAAUUCCCGAUUUCAACAAAGGGAGCAAAAAUACAAAUCGCUAGUAGCAUUUUUAUGAUAGUUCGAUUAUCAAACGGUUUGGAAAUUUGGUGGGAUAGUAUAUCACGUGUGUAUAUAACUGCACCUCCAGAAUUUCAUGGUCACACAAAAGGUUUAUGUGGAACAUUUUCCUUGAAUCAGAAAGACGAUUUUCUAACACCCGAUGGAGACAUUGAACAGGCAGUCAUUUCUUUUGCCAAUAAGUGGAAAACCAGCGAACAAUGUCCAGAUGUUGUUAAGAAGGAAUCUAAUCACCCAUGUGACAUUAACCCACAAAAACGUAGUUCUGCGGAAACCUAUUGUUCGAAUUUGAAGAAAAGCAUAUUCCAAGAAUGUCACUGGAGUGUUGAUCCUGAACCAUUUUAUAAAGACUGCUUGUACGACAUGUGUGCUUGUGAAACUAAUAUUGAAUUGUGCCUUUGUCCAACCCUUUCUGCGUAUGCUAAGGAAUGUGCUCACGAGGGAGUAAAAAUAUUGUGGCGCCAUGAAAUUGAGGAAUGCAGAGUUCACUGCAGUGGUGGUCAGGAAUACCAAAUUUGUGGAAAUAGUUGUACAAGAACCUGUGGGGACAUAUCUUUUCACCAAGAUUGUAGGCAAGAAUGCGUAGAGGGCUGUAAUUGCCCUGAAGGAGAGACCUUGGAUACUAAUGGAGAAUGUAUUCCAAUUGGAGAGUGUCCGUGCCCUUACGCAGACUUUGAAUUUCUCGCUGGAUAUCGUGAAGUAAGACCUGGGGUUAAAGGACAAGAAUUGUGUACCUGUGCAGGUGGUAAAUGGAGCUGUCGCAUUGCAACUAAGGAGGAAGUAGUACAGUUUCCUGCCGUAUCAGACAUAAAAUCCUCUUGCAGUCCUCAGACACAUCAAGAAAUAACAACUUGCAAAUCCAUCGAGCCCAGAACUUGUCGAAACAUGCAUGAAUAUAUUGCAAAAAGUCCAGCCGUAUGCAAACCGGGUUGCGAAUGUAAAUCAGGAUACGUUCUCGAUGCAUCGAGUGGUAGCUGUGUUAAAGAACAAAAUUGUCCUUGCUAUCAUGGAGGUCAAAGUUAUACAGAGGGUUCGACAAUACAGGAAGAUUGUAACACUUGUAAAUGCGAAAGUGGCCGGUGGAGAAGCUGUACCAAACGAAGCUGUCCUGGUGUUUGUUCUGUUUGGGGAGAUUCGCAUUAUAAAACCUUCGAUGGUAGGCUUUUCGACUUCCAAGGCUUUUGCGAUUAUGUUCUCGUCAAAGGAAGUCUUAGCAAAGAAGAAGGAUUUGAUGUUUCGGUACGGAAUGUUCCUUGUGGAACCAGUGGAGUUUCUUGUUCAAAAUCUAUAACCCUGACUGUAGGAAGUUCUCAUGAUCAAGAAACUGUUACACUAACUAGGGGAAAGAAACUGCCAAAGACAAAUUUAAAGAGAAUCGCUUUCAGAGAAGCUGGGCUUUUCGUAUUUCUGGACGUGCCGGAUUUAGGCUUGGUUCUGCAGUGGGAUAAAGGUACUACAGUAUAUGUUCGACUGGAUUCAAAGUGGAAAUCUCGUACGAAAGGUCUCUGUGGUGAUUAUAACGACAACAGUGCAGAUGAUUUUAAAACACCAUCUGGUGGGGUUUCUGAAGUUUCUGCUAAUCUUUUUGGCGAUUCAUGGAAGAAAAAUAGUUACUGCCCCGAACCGAAAGACAUUCAGGAUCCGUGUAUUAGAAAUCCGGAACGGAGAGUUUGGGCUGUUCAGAAAUGCGGAGUUUUAAAAUCAGCGCUUUUCAAAACUUGCCAUUCUGAAGUGGAGGUGGAAUCUUAUCUUGAAAAAUGCGUCUACGAUACCUGUGGUUGUGAUUUAGGUGGCGACUGUGAGUGCCUUUGCACAGCUUUAGCUGCUUAUGCCCAAGAAUGUAAUUCGAAAGGUGUUCCUGUAAAGUGGCGUUCACAGAGUUUGUGUCCACUUCAAUGUGAUGAAAAAUGCAGUUCUUAUUCUCCAUGUAUUUCGACUUGUCCUCGCGAAACUUGCGAAAAUCUAUUCACUUUAAAGGAUUCUAUUCAUUUGUGUAGUCAAGAUACAUGCGUCGAGGGAUGUUUAACAAAAUCAUGCGAUGACGGACAAGUUUAUGUUAACUCUAGUUACUCGGAAUGCAUUUCGAAGGAAAUUUGCAAUCCCUUUUGUUUAGAAAUCGACGGGGUGAGUUAUAAGGAAGGAGAUCAAGUAAGAGGAGAUGAUUGUCACACUUGUUUCUGUAGUCGAGGAAAAGUAAUUUGUAAAGGCGAACCUUGCACUACAACUAUAACUCCUAAGCCAACUGAGCCAAAUGAAGAGCCAAGAAAUUGUAUCGAUGGAUGGACACCAUGGCUCAAUAGAGAUUUACCACUUAAAGGAAGGAAAGUUUUUGAUGUGGAACCGCUGCCUUCAUCGAUCGAAUUAAUGAAUAUUAAAGGUUCUGUAGUUUGUAACAAAGAACAAAUGGUGGAUAUUAAAUGUCGAACUAUUGGGUCGAAAAAGACACCCAAAGAAACGGGAUUAGAUGUGGAAUGUAGUUUAGAACGUGGACUUUAUUGUCGUUCCAGAGCCAAUGAACUUCCAUGUGAAGACUUUGAAAUUAGUGUCUUAUGUCGCUGCAAUCAAGAAGCUGCUACUAUACAAUCAACCACAACUAUAAUAAUACCAGAUUCUUGCAAUGUGAACAAACCGAAUCAGAUUCAUCCAACAGAUUGCCACUUGUUCUAUCAAUGCGUUCCCGGAUUUGGCGAAGCUAAAUUAGUUGAAAAAAGUUGUGGAUCAAAUAUGCUCUACAACCCUGAUUUGCAGGUUUGUGACUGGCCGAGUAACGUACUUCUAAAGAGGCCUGAAUGCGCUGGCAAUAAAACAGUAAAAAAGAUCACCAAUGAACCUGUAGGAAUCGAAUCUUGCAAACCUGGCCAGAAAUGGAGUGCUUGUGCAAUUCAGUGUAGUAAAACCUGCGAUUAUUAUCAUUAUUUUUUGAAAAAAGGAGGCCUUUGCAACGAAAAUAACGACUGUAUUUCAGGAUGUAUUUCAAUCAACGGACCCUCAUGCCCAGCACAUAAAUUAUGGAGAGACAAGUACAAAUGUGUGAGUGUUUCUGACUGUCCUUGCAUAUCUCACGAGGAAAAAUUUGUUAAACCCGGAAUGGUUAUCAAAGAGUCCGAGUGUGAGAAAUGCCAGUGUAUAAAUAAUUACUACACUUGUUACAAAUCUUCUUGUAAUGGUUCUUCUUCUUCUACAGAGCCAACUCAAUUCACUUUUGAUCCUACUCCUACUGAGGCAAGCAAAUUUAUUUUAAGCAGUACUAUUUCCCCACCAAGAUUCUGCGAAAAGGAAAAUUUAGUCUGGCUAACAAAGGUUGUUCCAGCAGAUUUUAUUUCAUAUAAUGCCAGUAGUUCAAGAAGCUUAGCUUAUGACCCUCAAUAUUCAGUACUCAACGAUCAACCAACAAAGACUCAAAGUUCGAAAAGUUGGCAGCCUGCAUAUAAUAAUGCAAAUCAAUGGUUGGAAAUUAAAUUAGCGAAACCAGAACCUCUCUAUGGAAUUAUCUUACAAGGAAGUUUGUCCGAUGAUAAAUUCUUGACGAGUUAUCAUAUUAUGUACUCCGAAGAUGGACUGGUAUUUUCAUUCAUAAAUGAUAACAAAAAAGAACCGAAUGUCUUUCAAGGUCCAAUAGACAAGCAACUAGUUCAGCAAAUUUUUAAUCCGCCGAUUGAAGCUUCAGUAGUUCGAAUCAUUCCGAAAUCAUGGCGUAACGGCAUUGCAAUCAGAGCCCAGUUACUUGGCUGUAAAGACGAUUUGACUACGGAACAUAACCGAGAAACAACAAGUUAUGAAUCCUGGUCAACUACGGAAAGUUGGGUUUCGAGCACUAUAGUUGUGGAGCCAGAUUUCCCCCCAGUGUGCAACGACUCUAUGGGAUUGGAUAGCGGAAUAAUGUCAGAUCAACAAAUCUCAGCAUCUUCAUCCUACGAAAAUAUUCUGCCAAAUCUGAAAUUAUCGGCUCCUGGUAUAUGGCGAGCAAAAUUAGACAAUCCAGAGCAGUACGUCAAUUUUGAUUUCCUCCAAGUUCGAAACAUAACUGGUGUGAAAACAAAAGGAGCAGAUAAUAUUUGGACUACUGCCUACAAAGUAUUUUACAGUAUUGAUGGCAAGCAAUGGAUGGCAGUCGUUGAUGACUUUGGAAAUGAAAAAUUAUUCUUAGCCAAUGUCGAUGAUGUUUCUCACAAAACCAAUUACUUUAAUCGACCUCUUCAUACAAGAUUUAUCAGAAUUAAACCGACUUUAUGGCACGAGCAUGUUGGAAUGAAAGCUGAGAUUAUUGGCUGCUUUUUACCUUAUGCUGAAGUGACAACUCCCUCUGUUUCGGAACUACCACUAGUAUACUGCAAGAUUUGCGAAGGAAUUAAGGCGCAGAGUUUCGAAACUUGUAAUUGCACAGAUUCACUUUGGUGGGAUGGAGAGUCUUGUGUUGAUAAAGAAGAAUGCCCAUGCGUUGUUGGACACAUGCCAUACUCAGUGGGUUCAGUUUACGAAACAGAAGACUGUCAAAAAUGCUUGUGUACAAUGGGAGGAACAGCAGCAUGUCAUGCGAAAACUUGCGAGCCCUGUAAAGAACAAGGUUACAGAUCAAUUAUAACUGAGUUAUGUUCGUGUGUCUGUAAACCCUGCCCUCUUGGUACUCGGUUGUGUCCAACCGGAAAUAUUUGCAUCAAUGAAACUUCCUGGUGUAAUGGUGUAGAAGAUUGCCCCGAUGAUGAGAAAAAUUGCGAAUCGACCACAGUCUCUGUUCCAGUUGCAACAACUCAUCGUCCAUGUGAUGUUCCGACUUGUCCACCAGGCUACAAGGUAGUUCAAAAAAGGCCCCAGAAAACAUACAAAAAUAAAUAUUCAGGAAGAUAUGCAGAGCGUUUUGGUACCAAGACCAAAGGAGGCGCUCGAGGGGUUAAGGGUGGUAACAACCAGAAAAUAAGGAAGGAUGAUAACCAGGAAAAUGGCGAGUGUCCCCAAUAUUCCUGUGCAUCGAAUAAACCGCCUCCAGAAUUUCCGGAAUCGGAUCCUUGUCCAAAAGCUGAAUGUCCACCGAAUUACACAGUGAUUUUUGAGAAAACUAGCCCAUACAAGAUAGAAUCUUGCCAAAGAUACACUUGUAGACCUUUACCUCCGGUUCAAGUUGUGUGCCAUAUUACAGGAAGAACAUUUAAUACAUUUGAUAAUUUAGAAUAUAAAUACGACAUUUGCAAUCAUAUUUUGGCGAGGGACAGAUAUGCAAACCGUUGGUACAUUUCUCUGGAAAAGCAGUGUGCUGUUAAUCAACAUCCUUGUAAGCAAGUUCUAGUGAUAAUCCUGGACAGUGAUACGUUCAUAAUGUAUCCAGACUUGCACCUUGAUAUAAACGAUAAUAGUUUUUCACCCGCUGAAAUGAAACGUUUGAAUGAUAAAAACAGCAGGGACUAUACAAUAUCUAAAGUCGGAAAUGCCUUGCAUUUUCUGUCUUAUCGAUAUGGUUUCUGGAUAGUUUGGGAAUCUAAUUCGAAUAUUAAGAUAGGCAUUCCAACCAGAUUAACGAAACAAGUAGACGGUUUAUGCGGAUUCUUCGACGGAGAUAGGAAAAACGAUAGACAAAAACCGGAUGGCACGGAAGCUAGGAGCACUUUGGAGUUCGGAAAUAGCUGGAAAAUGGAAGGGACUCAGGAAUGCGAAUUGCAGGUAUGCCCCCAACACUUUCAAGAAGAGGCCUGGACAAUGUGUAACUCUGUAAAAGACCGUUCCUUGGCAGCCUGUUCAUCUAUUCUGAAUUUGGACAAAUUCGUCUCUCGGUGUCUCGAAACGGCUUGUACAUGUUUGGAAAGCAAUUCCACGUAUAAUGAUUGUAAAUGUCGGAUACUAAGUUCUUUCGUGACAGAAUGUCAAGCCAAUGAUCAAGGAAUCGAUUUUUCUAAUUGGAGAAAUAUACAUGAUUGUCCAACAGAGUGUAAAGCUCCUUUUGUCCAUAAGGAUUGCUUUGGACACAAAUGUGAAGCCAGUUGCGAUAAUUUACAAGAAGUGGAACCCUGUCCGGCUAUUAAAGGAGUUUGUUUUGCGGGUUGCUUCUGUCCUGAUGGAUUGGUCAGAAAUGGUGAUGAUUGUGUACCUCCUACAGAAUGUAGAGACUGUAUUUGCGAUGGAUUUGGAAACACUAAGUUUGUUACUUUUGAUAGAAAAAACUUUGUUUUCGAUGGAAAUUGUACUUUUGUCCUCUCCCAAGAUGUCGUCAGAGGAUCUGGAAAACACACUUAUCAGAUUUUGGUGACUAAAGGCCCCACGGAAACUAUCACAGUUUUAUACCAAUCACACGUGAUACACAUUAGAAAAGAUUCUGGUAUACAGCAGCUUUUAAUUUUCGUCGACGAUGUACCAAUUCUUGAGCUACCUCACAAUACUCCCUGGCUGAAAUUGAAAAAAUCUCCUGGAAAAGAUGUAACUUUGUUAAUCCCAGCCAUCCAAUUGGAAGUAGUGUGUUUCCAAAACGACUUCGCAUUCAUGAUCAGACUUUCAUCUCGAAUUUUCGGAGGGGCUAUGGAAGGUCUUUGUGGGGAUUGUAAUGGAAAUCCUGAUGAUGAUUUUAGAAAACGAAGUGGAGAGACCACGGAAGAUAUUUCAGAAUUCGGAUUAAGUUGGAUACCUACUGAUUUACCACCAAACUUAAAAUUCAAAGAAGAACAUUGUACAACUAAAGUGGAAAAUUGCAGUUCACAAUUUCUGGAUCAUAGUCCUUGCAAUAAAUUGUUGGAUUCCUUGGAAUUUGGGAAGUGUCACAAUUUAGUUAAUCCAGAGCCAUUUUUAGUAGCCUGCCAGGCAACUUUAUGUAAUAAUGGAAAUAUCUGUAACGACUUGGAGGCGUAUGCGAGAACUUGUCAACAUGCUGGUGUUUGUCCCAAAUGGAGAAACUCAAUGUUGUGUCCUUAUAACUGUCCUUCACAUUUGGAAUAUCGUCCCUGCGGAUCCGGCUGCAUAGAAACUUGCGAAACGAUUAAUUCCGUGGAGCCUAGAACCUGUUCUGAUGAUUUAACAGAGGGUUGUUACUGUCCAGACGAUCAAGUAAUGCACAAUGAAACUUGUGUUCCGAAACGAAAUUGUCUGAUCUGUGACGAUCAAGGACACAUUGAGGGCGACAUCUGGAAUCCAGAAAAAUGUACAAAGUGCACUUGUGAAAAUAAAAUCGUUAGUUGCCAAAAAACUGAGUGUCCUGUAAUAACCUGCGAUGAAAAUUACGACACUGUUGUUGUGCCUACAUCAGAGAAGGAUUGUUGUUUCAAAUAUAUAUGUGUUCCAAGAGGAGGAAACUGUACAGAAUUUCAGCAACCAAAAUGUGGUUUUGGGCAAAUUUUGAAAACUCGUAAAGAUUCUGCCGGUUGUCAGAAAUUUAUUUGCGAAUGUUUACCAAAGGAUCAGUGUCCAUCACUUAAUGAUAUUAUCGUAUACGAGGAAGAAGAACUAGAACCAGGAUUUAUACGAAUUUUGGAUACAUCAGAGUGUUGUCCAAAACCCACUAAAGUUUGUAAGCCGGAAACAUGUUCGAAGAAACCAGAAUGCCUACCAUAUUAUAAAUCUAUUGUGAAACAAGGUUUAUGUUGCCCUAUUUACAAAUGCGAACCACCCAACGAUUUAUGCUUGUACACUUCUGUUUCGAACGAUGCAUCCUUCUUGGAAAACACGCUGCCCAAAAAAAUCGGUGAGAAAUGGAGGGAUGGAAAAUGUAAAACUUGUUCGUGCGAAUUUUUAGAAAAUAAACCAACAUCUCAAUGCGUAACAAAACUGUGCCCGCGACCAGAAAUAAAUGAUUUUGUGAUUGAAGAAAUCGUAUUUGAUCACGAAUGUUGUCCCGCUUUCAAAAAAACUGCGUGUAGAGAUGGAGAAAAUGUAUAUAAGGCGGGCGAAAAGUGGGCACUAAAUGCCACAGACAUUUGUACUUUGAUGGAGUGCGUGACUGGAGUGAACGGACUCGAGAAACAAAUUCUUUAUCAAGAAUGCAACACAGUGUGCGAAAGAGGACAUGAAUAUCAACCAUCUUUUGACAAGAGCAUUUCUUGCUGUGGAAAAUGUGAACAAAAAUUCUGCGUUUUUGGUGACACAUUGUACAAAUCGGGAGACAAAUGGGCUUCUGAUGACAACUGCACAACUUUUGAAUGUGUCAAACAAAAUGAGCAGUUCCUCGUGACUAGCAGCCUACCUGUUUGUCCAGAAUUAACAGGUUGCCGAUUCGACUCUAUUUACAACGACGGUUGUUGUAACCGAUGUAAUAUUUCUUCUCUCGACAGAAAUGAAUGUGCUGCUGAAAUGAUGGAUUUGAAUGCGACUGUGGGUAUUAUUGUUACCAAGAAGGGUUUUCGAUUGUGUAAGAAUUUGCAACCUAUUAGUGGUUUGACAGAAUGUCUGGGGCAUUGUGCGUCUUCAACACACUUCGAUCUUGCGACUUGGGGUCAAGAAAGCAACUGUCGAUGUUGCCAACCCUCGAAUUACACAGGACUACUUGUGGAUCUAACCUGCGAGGAUGGAACAAUUUUGAAAAAACAAUUGACUGUACCAACUGCCUGCUCUUGUGAAUCAUGUUCCUCAGCUAAAAAUCAAACUAAAAAUCGGAAAUUUGGCACUAAAGGAUAGAUUUGUAUUAAUAUUAAGA